CUGUAUUAUAUGGGCGGCGGGCAGUGCCCAGUGGUCGGUGCAGUCAGUCUGGAUCCGUUGUUGGAGAAGAGUCCAACCUACACCCCACCUGCGCCCAUCACCAAGUUUACAGACCGUGUGUUUUAUGUGUACACAUCUGGAACAACAGGACUACCUAAGGCUGCCAUCAUUUCUCACUCCAGGUUCUACUACAUGGCCAGUGCUGUGCACAUGAUGCUGGGACUAACUGAUCAAGACAUACUAUACGACCCUCUACCCCUGUAUCACACAGCAGGGGGCAUUAUUGGUAUGGGGCAGGCAUUUCUAUGGGGGACCACUGUGGUCAUCAAGAAGAAAUUCUCAGCCAGUGGAUUCUGGGAUGACUGUUUGAAAUAUAACUGUACAGCAGCACAAUACAUUGGUGAGAUAUGUCGUUACUUGAUGGCUCAGCCGUUCCGACCAACCGAGAAUCAGCAUCGCGUGCGAGUCAUGUUUGGCAAUGGGCUUCAGCCAGGAUUGUGGCGUUAUUUCCAGGCGAGAUUUGGCGUGAAAAGGAUUGGCAAGUUUUAUGGUGCCGCUGAGGGAAAUUGUAAUAUCAUCAAUAUUGACAAGACUAUUGGGGCCUGUGGUUUCACCUCCAUGAUUGCUCCGUUCAUGUACCCAGUGACCUUGAUAAAGGUCGACGAAGACAAUAACAUCAUGACGGACAUAUUUGGAGUCUGUGUGCGGGCAAAACCAGGUGAGCCUGGGGAGUUGGUGGGAAAGAUAGUGGCAGGUGACCCCCUGAGACAGUUUGAUGGCUAUGUCAGCAAGGAAGCCACUGAUAAGAAGGUGGCCAUGAACGUGUUCAAGAAGGGAGACAUGGCCUACCUUACUGGUGAUGUAUUGAUCAUGGAUGAGUACGGUUACAUGACAUUCAGAGAUCGCACAGGAGACACGUUCUGGUGGCGUGGUGAGAACGUCUCCACGUGUGAGAUGGAGACCACCAUCAGCAAGAUAAUCGGGCUGAGUGAUGCUGUCGUCUACGGAGUGGAAGUGACAGGUGCUGAAGGUCGUGCAGGUAUGGCCGCCAUAGUAGAUCCAGAACACAAGAUCAAUCUCAAUGAGAUUAAACUUUGCAAAGCCUUACAGGAGAAACUGCCACCGUACUCAAGACCCUUGUUUAUUCGCCGUAUGGAAAAGGCUGCAGACACCACUGGUACACACAAGCUGAAGAAAACAACCCUUCAGACAGAAGGCUUUAACCCACACAAGACACAGGACCGACUGUUUUACAUGAAUAACAAAACCGGUUAAUAUGAACCUUUAACUCUAGAUAUUUAUGGUGAUAUAUGUAAGCAGAAGAUUAGGUUUUGA